UAUGUCCCUUUACAACAGUUUCAUAUUAGGAAAUUAACUAACCAUAACAUAAGAAUGACAGAGUUAAGAGAACUGAAACGUUUAAAAGAUGAAGAAAGAACACUUAUAUCGCUAGCUUCGCUAUUGACCGACCAACUGAAUCGCUUAAAAGUAGAAGAGUUGGCUUUACUAAGCAAAAGAAGACUUCAGACAACUUCAGCUAAUUCACAACUUACCAUCAGCUCUAGGCAUGAUCAGAACAUGUCAAGAACAGAACAGGAAAUGUAUUUGGCAGAGGAAAUGGUUGACUCUUCAGAGUUAAAAUCUACAAAUGAAGUUCAUCAACCAAGUGAACAGCAGUUACAGGAUCUUCCACAGAUAGUAUCCAUUCAGUCAGGGGACCAAGUAAUUCCAAUUAAUGAAGGUCACAUGAUUUUACCAGAAGACCAUGUUAUGGAAGUUACUAAUCAUGUGACCAGUACCAAUAGUCAUGUGAUAGAUGCACCAGAUCAUGUGGUCCAAUUAGAUUUAGCUGUUACAAGUCAUCAGCAAGGCUCUGGUGGAGAGAUGCAGGAGGAAGAGGAAGAUGAGGAUGACUGAAAGGGGAAAUAACUGUAUGAUUGACAGGGGAAAUUACUGUGAUAUGGACUGUUGCCAUGGUAACAAGAAAGAGAUUCAAAUCUUUGAUACUGACAUUGUCACUAGCAUUGUCCAAUGGAACUGGAUUUUUGACAGCUGAAUAUCAGUUGUUAAAAGUGUUCACAAAGAUAUGUGCAAAGGGAAACAAUUCAGAUAAAUAAUUAAGAAUAAAUAAUUAUCAAAUA